UGUUUAGGCAAAUUAUCGUUGUAUUUUAUUAUAAGUUUGUUACAAAAACAAAGUAUUAUUAAGUAGUUUUAUUUUAAAAUAAUCGAUUGUGCCAAUAUUUUUGAUACUGUUUGUUCGAUUAGUAAAAUGUCAUACGUGUCAACGACUCUAGUGAUUACUCAAAAAUGCCAAAUGAAUGGCAGGCUUAUGUGUAUCGUCGUAAUCAGAUUGUUCUAAAAAAUGGCAAAAACUUACGAUUAUUUAUUUAAAUUACUGUUGAUAGGGGAUUCCGGAGUGGGAAAAACGUCUAUACUAUUUAGAUUUUCAGAAGACGCAUUCAAUAUAUCGUUUAUAUCAACUAUUGGUAUCGACUUUAAAAUUCGAACAAUAGACCUUGAUGGGAAAAAAGUGAAGUUACAAAUAUGGGACACUGCGGGCCAAGAGAGAUUCCGUACAAUAACCACAGCAUACUACCGGGGCUCCAUGGGCAUCAUGCUAGUGUAUGACGUUACUAACGAAAAGAGCUUUGAAAACAUUAAGAAUUGGAUAAGGAACAUUGAAGAGAAUGCCAGUGCUGAUGUCGAGAAGAUGAUACUUGGAAACAAAUGUGAUUUAGAUUCUAAAAGACAGGUUUCGAAAGAGCGAGGUGAACAAUUAGCAAUAGAAUAUCAGAUUAAAUUUGUAGAAACAUCGGCAAAAGACUCAUUAAAUGUUGAAUACGCGUUUUACACUUUGGCGAGAGACAUCAAAGCCAAGAUGGAGAAAAAAACAGAAGGAGGCGAGCAACCCGCCGGGCGGGCGGUCGGGCGCACACCAGCUGAAGGCGAACGAGCCGCAGCGCAAGCCCACGUCGUGGCUGUCGCGCUGCAGCGUGCUCUGACGACGCCCCGCCGCCGCCGCCCAGGCCAGCCCCGCGCCCUCGCUACUCUGAACUCAGUGGAACAUCGAUACACCCACCUCGACUAUAUUUUUCGACCUACUACUUUUUAAAACUGGUGCAUCCGUUCGGAGCGGGAAUCAGACUUGCUUUUUGUAUUUUUAUAACCACGACUAUACCUAAUUGUUUCGACUUUAGUGGGAUAUGAGAACAGUAUUUUCUUCGUUAAUUACCUGUACGUUUGUUUACUUCUGAAGUGACAAUUUUAUUUUAAUUAGGGCAAAAUUUUUUGGUGUUACAUUACAAAGAUGAAUAAUGGUUAAUGGAUAUUAUUUCAAUAGAUUAUUUAGCUGUACUUUUUCUUUUGCUACUUUUAAUUAAGAUAUAUAUUUUAAUGUAAUAUAUACUAUUUAAUUUGAAUAAACAGUGCUUUUUUACAUAAA